AGCGCACAGUUAGCGUUCAGCUCCCCGCUGCAGAACAUGAGCUCUCACCCCACGGAUCGGACACUCCACGUCACUCAUGCUUUCACCACGCGAAUGCUGAGGGAACCUGCCAAGCUUCAGGAAGCAAUUUACGUUUGAAUCGUUUUGUUUUUCUUUAUUUUUUGGAUGCGCCAUGAAAGCGCAUUGGAGGAGUUGUGGAGCGGCGUUGGUGGCGUGGACGUGGCUUUGGAGUGUGGCGUGGUGCAUCCCGGCAAAUGAAGUUAACCUGCUGGAUUCUCGCUCUGUGGCGGGAGACCUCGGAUGGGUGUCGUACCCGAAAAAUGGGUGGGAAGAAAUCGGGGAAGUCGACGAAGACUAUGCCCCCAUCCACACCUACCAAGUGUGUCGGGUCAUGGAACAGAACCAGAACAACUGGCUUCACACCAACUGGAUACUGACCGAGGGAGCCCAACGUGUUUACAUAGAACUCAAGUUCACCCUGAGAGACUGCAACAGCCUCCCGGGUGGCGUCGGAACUUGCAAGGAAACGUUUAACAUGUACUACUACGAAACGGAUGGCUGGGAGUUGGAGGAUGGAGAAAUGGGGGACGGUGACGGGAUCACGGAGGAGGAAGACAGGGCCUUGAAGGAAAGCCAGUACAUCAAAAUCGACACCAUCGCGGCCGACGAGAGCUUCACCGAACUCGACCUCGGGGAUCGGGUUAUGAAGCUCAACACCGAAGUUCGGGAUUUAGGCCCUUUGACUCGGAAGGGCUUCUUCUUGGCCUUUCAGGAUUUGGGAGCCUGCAUCGCUCUGGUUUCCGUUCGCGUCUUCUACAAACGCUGCCCGUUCCUCGUCAAGAGCUUGGCUGAAUUCUCCGACACCAUUCCCGGGUCGGAGGCCUCGCAGUUGGUGGAGGUGGUGGGUCGCUGCAUCAACAACUCGCUGCCUUUGUACGAACCUCCCAGGAUGCAUUGCAGCACCGAGGGUGAAUGGCUGGUUCCUAUCGGCAAGUGCGUGUGCCAGCCUGGAUUUGAAGAAAUCCUUGGAUCCUGUCAAGCUUGCAAAGUGGGGUUCUACCGCUCGCUGCUGGAGUCUCUUCUCUGCAGUAAGUGCCCGCCCCACAGCGUGGCCCGGCACACCGGAGCAACUGUCUGCAGCUGCGAAGAAGGAUAUUACAAGAUUGACUCAGAUCCUCCCAAUAUGGCCUGCACACGGCCGCCAUCGGCUCCCCGCAACGCCAUCUCCAACGUCAACGAGACCAGCGUCUUCCUGGAGUGGUCCGUUCCAAUGGAGUCCGGUGGCAGGAAGGACAUCCGUUACAACGUCCUUUGCAGACAAGUCUUGCCAGACGGAAGGGGAUUGGAAGAGUGCGGUGCCAACGUUCGCUUUCUGCCACGUCAGGUGGGCCUGACCAACACUUCGGUGAUGGUGGCCGACCUGCAGUCCCAUACCAAUUACAGUUUCCUCUUGGAGGCCAUCAGUGGAGUUUCGGAGCUGGCUAAAGAGCGUACGAGGCAGUAUGUGUCACUCAAUGUGACCACCAAUCAGGCUGCACCUUCGCCGGUGAGCGUGGUGAGAAAAGGUCAUGCCGGUAAGAGCAGCAUCGCGCUUUCCUGGGCGGAACCGGACCGACCCAACGGCAUCAUCUUGGAAUAUGAGAUCAAGUAUUUUGAGAAGGAGCAGGACUCCAGCUACACCAUCAUAAAAUCCAGGGAGACGGAGAUGGUGGUGGAAAGUCUCAAACCCUCUUCGGUCUACAUCUUCCAGGUGCGAGCCAGAACAUCUGCGGGCUACGGCGCUUUUAGCCGGCGUUUUGAAUUCCGGACCAGCCCUUACCUAACAGCCACCAGCGAACGUGCCCAGGCAUCCAUAGUAGCGGUGGCUAUCACUUUGGCCCUCGUCCUGCUGGCGGUGGUGGCUGGAUUUCUACUCAGCGGACGGCGAUGUGGCUACAGCAAAGCAAAGCAAGAUCCUGAAGAGGAAAAAAUGCACUUCCAUAAUGGGCACAUAAAGUUCCCGGGAGUGCGUACCUACAUCGACCCCCUCACCUACGAAGACCCUAACCAGGCUGUGCAUGAAUUUGCCCAAGAGAUUGACGUGUCAUUCAUCUCCAUCGAAAGAAUCAUCGGCGCUGGGGAGUUUGGAGAGGUGUGCAGCGGCCCGCUAAGGUUGCCGGGGAAAAGGGAGAUGCAGGUCGCCAUCAAGACGUUGAAAGCGGGAUACACGGAGCAUCAGAGACGUGAUUUCCUGUGGGAGGCCUCAAUCAUGGGCCAGUUUAAUCAUCCCAACAUCAUUCGUCUGGAGGGCGUGGUCACCAAGAGUAAACCAGUGAUGAUUAUCACCGAAUACAUGGAGAAUGGGUCACUGGACACAUUCCUUAAGAAAAAUGAUGGUCAGUUCACUGUUAUCCAGCUGGUUGGUAUGCUACGUGGUAUUGCAUCUGGCAUGAGGUACUUGUCUGACAUGGGUUACGUGCACCGCGAUCUGGCAGCUCGAAACAUCCUGGUCAACAGCAACCUUGUGUGCAAAGUGUCUGAUUUCGGCCUAUCCCGCGUUCUGGAGGACGACCCUGAGGCUGCUUACACCACACGGGGCGGGAAGAUUCCAAUUCGCUGGACAGCUCCCGAGGCCAUCGCAUUCCGGAAGUUCACCUCAGCCAGCGACGUGUGGAGUUACGGCAUCGUCAUGUGGGAAGUGAUGUCGUACGGCGAGCGUCCAUACUGGGAGAUGUCCAAUCAAGAUGUCAUUAAAGCGGUAGAAGAGAGCUAUCGGUUACCGGGUCCGAUGGAUUGCCCCGAGGCGCUCUACCACCUCAUGAUGGACUGCUGGCAGCGCGAACGGAGCAACCGGCCCAAGUUUGAUGAGAUCGUAUGUCUACUCGACAAACUCAUUCGCAACCCUUGCUCGCUGAAAAAUCUGGUCAACUCUUCACACAGGGUAUCCAACCUCUUAGUGGAGCACGCCAGUGUAGAUGUAGACUGCAACGUCCGGAGUAGAACAGUAGGCGAGUGGCUGGAUUCCAUCAAGAUGGGUCGUUACACGGAACUCUUCCUGGAAGGAGGAUACUCGUCACUGGACACAAUCGCUCACAUGACAUCCGAGGACUUGCGGAGAGUUGGGGUGAACCUAGCAGGUCAUCAGAAGAAAAUCAUCACUAGCAUUCAGGAAAUGAGAGUCCUUAUGAACAGCUCCAUUACCAGUGUCAACAUCUAAUGCGCACAAUAUACGUGGACCUAGUAUGAAGAAGACUUCAGUUGGACCUAGAGCGGCUGAGCACUUUCUAAAUGAUAAGGAGCAGACUUUCUAUGGACCAGUGAUUUUUUUUUUUUUUUUUAGGGGUGUCACAGACCAAACUGAAGGGAGAUGAGUGGUUUUACAAAAAAGGGAACAUGGUUGACUGAAGACUUUCCAUCCAGAGGAUUCCUUCCAUCCCAGCACUGCUUCGGUUCUCAAACAUGGAGAGAUACCAGCACUUUUUGGUUACACACAAAUACGUUCAUUUCUUCUCUCAGCUUGUCUCAGGUUUUCUGAGUCCAGCGGGUCUGUAUGUUUCGCUUAGCGUCUUCUGGAAAGUGGAUUGAGGCACCAACGGCUACCAUCUCCGGUUUUUGUUCGGUGGUCACGAGGACGCCAUCAAACUCAUUUAAGAUUGCAUGAACACGUCAGCUCGCUUCAUGUUGUCUUUUGUAGGACAAAAAAAAUCGGAACUUGAUUGAUCAGCGGAUGUACCAUGUUGCUAUGGAAACAGUCAACAAUCACUCAACCAUGAUGAGUCUUCAAGUUUCGAAUCAACCACGUUUGAGAUUCCAAUGAAGCCUUCACGUCCACUUUCAGGUACUGCGAAAAAACCCUCAGCAAGUUUUUCUCCACCACAGUGCACCUCAUCGAAACGGAACCACUGGCAAACGGAGGCAAUAUUGAAUAAAUCGAUAAUCACUUAUUAUUUAUUUGUAUUUAUAGAAAAUGCAAAAAAAAAAAAAAAUGUUCGUGUUUGCGUUUAAUCUGUGAAGCUCUGCCUACAUGUAUUUCAUGUAUAUAAUGUAUUAUAAAUAUUUAAAGCAGGGAGCAUUGUUCUUCAGUCUACCAUGCAGGUGGUCAAGUUGCUAUUGAUCGAGCAUCUCAGUACUCAAUAAACAACGUUUCUAUAUCAGCAUUCUUAAAAGAUCGACCUGGACCACUCUAAAUUAGGGACAGGAAUAAUUGACUUUUGGAUAUUUUGUUUUCCAGGGAUUUUUCCAAAAGUUUUAACCCAUCCACUUAAUUAACCAUUAUCAAAAAAAAUCCAAAAAUAUUUUGGGUUUGGGAAUUUUAUUUAAAAAAGAAAAAAAAUAUUUUUGCCCCCCAGCCCCCCUCACAGAAAAACCUUAGCUCCGCCUGUUCCCCCAAGAGUCAUUUCUAGCAGCCUAUAUACAGAAACAGUGAAUAUUUUUACGACACUAUUCAAUGUCUCCAAGUUGAAAAAAAUGUGCAGAUAACUUGCCACAUGAACCUCAUCUUUUCCGACGACUGCUAUUUCUUAUUUUUUUUAAAUGAACGAGUAUUAGGGCAACACUGGACUGAGAUUGUCAUAAUUUCUAUGAAUACGACAGUCCUCUUAAUGCAGUCUGAUUCCGGUCCUAAUAUUCAAACAUUAUUCUCCAUCCUCUUACUUUAUGUUUUUCUCUCUUCAGUGUGGCCCUAACACUCCUUCAUAGCUUGUGUGGUAAUUCAGGAGAUGGUACUGAAUCGAGAUUGUAAAAGUACUUUUAUAGGAGAUGGUUUAGUAGGCGGGACACUCAAUGGACUGUUUGAAAAGCACACUGGAAGAAUGUAAGAUUUUAAAAGGCUAUUUCACUUUUUUUUUUUUUUAAGAACAUGUUUUGACUUUUAAAUAAGUCAAACCGAAGGCCUCUUCUGCGGUCGGGAGGAGUUACGGUGUUAAAACAUUUUACGAUCUUGUUUUAUGUAAUAGGACAAUGGAAUUGUUCUUUACGUCAAAGUAGACGGGAAUAAAUUCAGUAAAUGCGCGGAAAGUGAGACCCGGAACAAAUGAAGUUUGUGACUAUUUGGAUGGAUGAACAUUUGGCUGUCAUGGGGGAAAUGAUCAAUCGACUAACAAAUUGUUUUUAGCUAUUUUUUAAUGAGACGGGAGACUCCUGCAAGUGUCCUAUUGAGCAGACUAAUGCUUCCCCGAGGACUUGCUAUAGUGUGCAUGAAUCUCAGCUAAGCGAAACUGACUGACAACACCCCAGCCAAAAUAAGCGCGCUCCAUUUUGCCUGACUCUCUUCAAAACACAAUUAGUCAAUAAUCAACCGACUUGAAUCGUUAACAUCGUUUAUGGCCGAGCGUAUAUGCAGGCGGUGCGAGCAAUUACGCUGCCUGUAUCUGCUUUACUGCUUCUUAAAUUACUUUCAUCAAUCAUUUCAUAAUUUUGAAAUAAUGUGUCAGAUUUUGGGGCUUAUUGGCUUUUCGCAACCACCAAACUAAUUAUAACUAAAAACGUAUGCCCAGGGCAUGAACAGUUGGAAAAUGGUACACCCUUCUAAGUGCCUCGUAUCUUUUUAGCACCGUCGUUUCCUCCCCUGCCAAAAUGCUUCGUCUUGAUUGUGCCCCGACGUUUUAUUCACUUUUGCCAGGCAAUAAGAAGAAUGUCAGACAAUGUGUAUGUUGGAACUAAUUUCAUUUGCACUUUAUGACAAAUCUGUCACCCUUCUUUUUAAUUCCCCGCCGCAAAGUUAUUUGAAGUUAUCUCUUAUAUUCGGCUUGAGCGCAAGAAUUGGGUCGUAAUUUCGAAGCAAUCCCAAUGAUGACGAGCACCAUUUUUUUUUUUUGUGUGGCACAAAUGUGAUCAUGGCUUGAACAAAUGUAUGACGGUGACUUAAUGUUUGCUCAAUGUUGUGAAAAUGAUUGGAGGGUGUUUUAGGCAUUCCAGCAAUUCCACUCCGAAGAGGUCUUACGUUGACAGCUCGUAUUGAUUUGCAUCGCUUUUAAAAUCAAUCAUAAACGCAUGUUAUUGCUACUUACCACCAUCAAAUAUUUUCAUUUUUCCAGCAAAGACUUGUUUCUCUGCAAUGCCGCUAAACUGGAAUGUCUGAAUUUUAUGAGGGAUUUCCAAAUAUUUAUCAACUGCCAUACACAUGUAGAAAUAUGUGAACCAAUUUCUAAUAACAUUAUGUGAAAACUAGCUUUGAAUUCUUUUGAUGUCAUUUGACGAAAGACUAGCUUUUAAGCUAGCGGAGAUUUGCUGAAGGCAAGUCAAGAAUAAUGAUCGACAAUUGUAAAAAGAAGUAUCGUAUUUUUCGGACUAUUAAGGCCUAUUUAUGGAAAUUUCCAUGGAUAAGGUGCACUGUUGAUCUUUGAGGAAAUUAUCUUGGUGCCUUAUAGUCCAAAAAAUACGAUAUACCGCAAUAAGCUCCAUUAUAAUGGUCAUCGUUCUCCUUUUUUUUACCGAUGAUGACAACUUUUUUGUGCCAUUAAAAACAACAACAUAAAAAGCCAAACACUCAAAAGUUUUACCACCCGUCUCGUGGUUUUCCAACUUGCAAAGCGUUAGCAUGAAACUUGACUUACGGGCCUCGGGUAAUCUUUGCGUCGAUGAUUUAUUUCCAGACAUGUGGUGAUCAGGUUUUGCUGAAAAUAAAAAUUGUAUUGUAAGCGCACACUUUUUUUGUCAACAACUGAAUGACAGACAGUUUUGGAUUCAUUGAAAGCACAGUCAAACAUACUUAGUAACUGUUGUGCUAUUAGUUUGUCUUUGAGACCGUCAUGUAUUAUGUUUGUGUUGUUGUUUUUGUAGUGUGUUCUCAAAUGCUCUAUUUUUUCAAUAAAAUUGGA